AUGUUGAAUACAAGCUUAGGUCAGUGUCCAUAUGCAGAUUGGGAAAAAUCGGCAAGAUCUUCUUGCAUUCCUUUGGAAAGAUUUCAUUGUUUGAAAGAUGAGUUUGAACGAAAUGGAUGGAUUUGCAUCGACCCAAUAUGGAUCGAAAGUGGUAGAUGUCCAGUUUUCAAUUCUGGAGCAAAGAAGUUAGAUUCUAUUAGAUGUAAUGGAGACGACUGUCCACUAAAGAGCUACAGAUCGAAUGAAAUUUACAUUAAAAAGGCAUGCCAGUGGCAUUAUCCUUCAAGUGGAAAGAAGAAUGAAACAGAAAAGUCCAGUAGUCCUGGUACUGAUGUUGGCGAAGCCUCGCACCUUGGACUUUAUAUAGCUAUUGGUGUUGCCAUUCCAUUGAUUCUUGUUCUUGUAGCAGGCAUUGUGUUCUUAAUCAAAAGAAAUAAACAAUCAACAAAUAAGCAAGAUGAUGAAGAAAGUGGCGCCAUCCUCCCUCUGAUGGGUACUCCAGUUGACACAAUCCCUGCAGCACUUAAUUGUCUUGAUACCAAUCGUUUUGUUGUGUUAAAAGGAAUCUCAGGAUCUGGAAAAACAUAUGUAGCCAAAAAUAUAGCAGAGAGUAUUGAAGGAAAGAACAGACUUCAAACAAAAUGGGUCAAUGAUACUGAUGAAAUUAAACACUUAAGCUUUAAAAGCAAAAAAAUGAUGCUGAUUUUAGACGAUAUUUUUUAUGAAUUGCAGCCAAAAGCAGAAGUCAAUACAACAAUAUCUAUAGUAAAUGAUCUCAUUUCAACAGUCAGAAAUUCGAAAGAUCUUUAUGUCAUUGUCACGGUACCAUCAUACGUAUUGAAUAAACACUCUGAAAGUUUAAAUGAAGAUGAUUUUUUAAAUUCAAUAGUUGAUUUAGAUACCUUAAGCAAGGCGGAAAGAGAAGACAUUUUAAAUCACCAUUUGAAAAAAAAUUGUAUUAAAGACGAAGAAAAUGCCUUAAGUGGAGAGUUGUACAUGAGAAAUAGAGUCAAAUCAACUAUAGUGGAUACUGCAAAGUGUGAUCUAAUCGGAUAUCCAUCUUGUAUUGCAUGGAUUUGUAAAGCUCGAAAACAAUUUGAUCUGAACCUAGCAAACACAUUUCUUUCAUGUCCAAUAACGAGAAUCAAAAGUGAAAUACAUCGUCUACGUGAUUCUGACAAAUUACAAGAAAGGAAAAUGUUCUUCUCACUGGCUGUGAUGGCCCUUUGUGGUGGAACUUUGAAUGUCGAAAAUAUAGAUGAAAGAAUGAUCCAGUGUCUUGCAACUAUUUUAUUCCCUAAAGAUGAGGUAACAGAGUUUUAUUUAAAGAAAGACGACCAUAGUCUCUCAUCAUUGGAAACCAAAUACAUCAGAAAAGAAGCUGAUGGAAACUAUAGAUUUCAACUUAAUAUUGUGAGAAAAUUGGUAUUUGUAAUAGUCUUCGAAAAUAAUACAGAAACCAUCACAGAAUUUAAAGAGUACGUAAGUGAAAACUUGUGGAAAAGAUUAACGGUUCAAAGAGAGAAAUUUCCAAAAGAUCUAAGCCAACACUCGACGUUUUUCGUUAAGGUGUGAUUGAGGAACUAUUUGGAAAAAAAAUCUUUCGUAUCUUAUUU